AUGGCCCUCCGCAUGCCAUUCAACCAGGCCUUCUGGGAGGAGUACCUCUCCGGGCAGGAUGCUACCCUCCCUUCUCUUCCCGAUACCUCAACCCUCAGCAGCAGAGUAAUCCGCAUCCUCGGCGGGAAUCCAGGUGCCAUGCACCUACAAGGAACCAACACCUACCUAGUCGGAACAGGGCCGUCUCGCAUCCUGAUCGAUACCGGACAGGGUCUCCCCAUCUGGCUCAGCCGCAUCACUGGGCUCCUGCGCUCGAAAAACAUCUCCAUAUCACAUAUUCUCCUCACCCACUGGCACGGCGACCACACAGGCGGCGUCUCCGAUUUGAUCUCCUACAAUCCCACCCUCGCCGAACACGUCUACAAGAACCUCCCUGAUGCAGGUCAAAAGUCCAUAGACGAUGGGCAGAUCUUUGCUGUGGAGGGAGCGACCGUCCGCGCAGUCUUCACGCCCGGCCACUCGGUCGACCACAUGUGCUUCUUGCUUGAGGAAGAGAACGCCCUGUUCACUGGGGAUAAUGUGCUGGGGCACGGGUUCAGCGUGGCUCCGGAUCUGGGACGGUAUAUGGAGAGUCUGGAGCUGAUGGCGGGCUUGGGCUGUGUGCUUGGAUACCCUGCGCAUGGGGCUGUUAUUGGUGACCUUCCUAGCAAGCUGGAGGAAUAUAUCCGGCAUAAGGAGAUGCGUUUGCGAGGGAUUUUGUCAGUAUUGGUGAAGGAGAGGGAGAGGGUAGAGGGGGACAGAGGGCCGGAAGGCGGGAGGAAGAGAGGGGGUAUGACGCUACACGAAAUUGUGAGGGCAAUGUUUGGGGCGGUGCCGGACGAGGUGAUUGACCAGGCCUUGGCGCCGUUUUUGCUACAGGCUUUGUGGAAGCUGACGGAGGACCGGAAGGUGGGAUUCGAGCCGGGGGAUCCUGUCAAGAGAAAAUGGUUUGCCGUUGCCCGUCGAAAGCCACCUAGGCAGUACGGGUCGGUUGCACGUCAAUAA